AUGCUGGGCCUCUCUAGCCUGACACGGUUGUCAACAAAUGGACGCGCACCAUCAAGCUGGCUGAGUUUACCCCGGCUUGAAGCCGCGAGGUUCGACCUGUUCGAAGACCCUCUGGCGACCAUAGACUAUGCCAAUACGAUGACAUCACAUAUCACACCUGGUGCAACAGUUUCUACGACUUUGACCCGUCUGGUCAUCCAACCGGAGUUCGAAUCGCUCUACUGCUAUGAAGCCACUCACAUGGAGGGUGUGUACGGUCAAUUCAGAAGCGUUGUUAGCGGUCUUCCAAACUUGACCCACCUCUUCAUUCUGUACCGCGCUGUUGUCGACCCAUACGACGAAUUCCGACUCCCCCACCUUCCACGAGGAUCUUUCGCGCAUAUUGUCUCGCAUCUGAAGAGCUGCAGUUUGACAGAUCUAACUCUGGACGUUGAGCCCGCGCUCAAGGAUUUGGUCAGGUACAUUGCGAUGAUAGAGUAUAUCCACGAUACAACUCCAAUGACCACGUUUGCUGGAUUACCUAAACUUCGCAGUCUCAAUGCCCCACAAGACGCUUUCUUCUCUGCCAAGUACGGGACAUUCCGAACUUGUCGUCUACCUACCACGAUCGAGAAGAUCGGUAUCAUGGAUUCGACGUACGAGACCAAGCGCUACCUCAAGCAUCUUCUAGAUCGCCAGACAGAAUGGCCAAACUUGAAGACUAUCAAGCUUGGGGAGAGUCCGUGCAACGACCAGUCCGUACAUCCAGAUGAGAGCGGUAACGACGCUAGCGAAAGCAGCGAAGGAGAGCGGCGGAAAGUCGUCGAGGUUGAUGACUCAAUCUACGAACAGGCUCGGAGCCGUGAUUUGAGGGUGGAGAAGGUGCAGGAAAGAACCACAUGGAAGAAGGGAUGGGAAGGUCUGGGUCUGUGA